AUGAUUGCUCCGCUCCCUCCAAUCCAAUCGACCCAGAAGGUGGCCUUGUUUGGGCCUCAAUUCCUCUAUCUCCGCAACGGGGACUCCUACGAACAACUCAGACGCGCCAUUACCCAAGAUGCCACCUAUCAAUGGGUUAUUCAGACUGUGUCGGAGAUGCCAGAAACCUGGCAAACCAUCUCUCAACGAGUUCCGGCCGUUCAGAGCCUAUCUGGGAGGAAAAUGAUCCAAAAGUUUGCUGUCUGGCUUGAAACCGGUCACCUCGAUGCUGCCAUAUCACCAAUGCCAAACCUUCUUCUCACGCCUAUGGUGGUGAUGAGCCAAAUCUGUCAGUACCUCCGUUAUAACGCGUCGAUAGCAUCCGGCGCAGGACCUGCCGUCGACUUGGACCGCACGCCUGUCACCCAGACUAUCGGUCUAUGUAUUGGCCUGUUGAGCGCACUGGCAGUGGCUAGCGCUUCUGAUGAGACGGAAAUCCGAAUUCAGGGCGCCAAGGCAGUGCGACUGGCGAUGUUGAUCGGGGCCAUUGUCGACGCUUACGAAGAAUGUCUGGAGCCGGAAAUGUCUGCCGUCUCCUUCUCGACAGCUUACGCAUCCCCAAAUCCAAAUACCGAAGAGGUUUUGAAAAUUAUUGAACAAGUACCAGAGGCAUAUGUUUCGGUGGUCUACGACCUAAAUAGGCUCACUGUGACGACUUCCCAGGAGAAUGCCUCCUCGCUGAGUCAACAGCUAUCCGCAGCAGGGGUCAAGGUCACUAGGAUUGGGCUGCAAGGGCGCUUUCACUCCCGAGUCUAUGAGUCCCUGUUGAGCGAUGUUAUUCAAUUCUGUGAUUCGGAGCCCAAAUUCCAGCUUGCUGAUGCCUCAGCCCUGGUCCUACGUACAAGGUCCAAUUCGGGUCCAAAGCCCAUCACCAGCGGAAAGCUACAUCAAAUUGCGUUGAAAUCCAUUCUGGUUGACCCGUCGUGUUGGUAUGAUACUUGCUCAUCGCUACUGUCGACAUCUGGCUUGGGCUCCUCGUCGGACCUAAGCAUCGUCUCAUUUGGGACUCAUCCCAGUAUGCCACCAAGCUUGAUGCAGGAGUUGAGCAACGUGGUCACCCACUAUGAUAAUAUUGGGAGCUCGAUGGGUCCGGGGCCCCGUCAUUUUGAACAUGAUAUUGCGGUGGUGGGGAUGGCCAUCAAGACUCCCGGUGCGGACGAUGUGAAUGAAUUCUGGGAGCUGCUUCGUCGAGGCGAGUCUCAGCAUCAACGGGUACCUCAUGAGCGUCUUAGCUUCGAGACCCCCUGGCGAGAGGGGGAUUCCAAGCAAGAGUGGUUCGGCAACUUUAUCGACGACCCAGAGGCUUUCGAUCACAAAUUCUUCAAGAAGAGCCCCCGCGAAUCCGCCUCGAUGGACCCACAGCAAAGAUUGUUAUUGCAAGUGGCAUAUCAAGCUGCGCAACAAGCGGGCUAUUUCCGUACCGACAUAUAUGGCAGCAAAGACAUGGACCAGAAACGAGUGGGAUGCUUUGUCGGCGUCAGCAAUGUCGACUACCAGGACAAUAUUGCGUGCCAUCCCGCCAAUGCAUACUCGGCGACCGGGACACUGAUGAGCUUCGUGGCAGGCAAGAUCAGCCAUUAUUUUGGCUGGACAGGGCCCGCGAUGAGUAUCGAUACCGCGUGCUCAGGGUCGGCCGUUGCCAUUCACCAGGCUUGCAAGGCCCUUCUAGCGGAUGAGUGCACUGCGGCCUUGGCCGGCGGUGUUAAUAUCAUGACAGGCCCUUUAUGGUUCCAAAACCUUGCAGGAGCGUCAUUUCUCAGCACAACGGGGCAAUGCAAACCUUUUGAUGCUAGUGGAGAUGGCUACUGUCGAGGCGAAGCCAGCGGCGCAGUGUUCCUGAAGAGAUUAUCUAGGGCUCAGGCCGACGGAGACAACAUCCUCGGUGUGAUUGCAGGAUCAGCUGUGUUUCAAAACCAAAAUGAAACGCCCAUCACUGUGCCUAACUCCGCGUCACUUUCAGAUCUCUUCCUCUCCGUGACCAGGCGAGCACACGUUGAACCGGGUCAGAUCACGGUGGUCGAAGCCCAUGGCACUGGAACGGCAGUUGGGGACCCGGCGGAGUACAGCAGCAUUCGCCAGGUCUUUGGGGGAGCGGUUCGAAGGAAUCUUCUUUCCCUGGGCUCAGUCAAGGGUCUAGUGGGCCACGCUGAAUGUGCAUCGGGAAUGGUGGCCCUCAUCAAGAUCUUACUGAUGCUUCAUCAUGGGGAAAUCCCGCCGCAAGCUAGUUUUCAUAGCAUGAGACCAUCUUUGAACGCAGCGCAGUCGGAUAUGAUCAACAUCUCCACCACGCUAAAGCCAUGGGAUUCAUCAUUCAAAGCCGCGCUCAUCAACAAUUAUGGCGCAUCUGGAUCUAAUGCUUCCAUGGUAAUCACGCAGGCUCCCGCCAGUCCCUCAUCAAACCGGGAAAAAUUGGGAGGAAAUGAUUGCAAAUAUCCUUUUUCAAUAUGUGCCUUGGAUGAUCGCAGCGUUCGAGCAUAUGCGGUGCAAUUGUUGAGUUAUGUACAGGGUGGUACACGGAAUCUCUCGUUGGCCGAUGUGGCAUUCAACCUGUCCCGUCAAUCUAACUUGUCUCUACCAUGCACCUACUCCUUUGCUGCCAAUUCUCUCUCGGAUCUUUCUAAAAGUCUCACGGAAAUAGCCCGCCAAAGCUCUGAGCUCUCACCACCGUCCAUCGUGGUCUCUACCACAGCCGCCCCGUCACGGUUGCCCAUUAUCCUCUGUUUCGGUGGCCAGGUUUUCAAGUUCAUAGGGCUAGACCGAAAGGUAUACGAAGAAAUAGCCCUUUUACGUUCGUACUUGGACCGGUGUGAUGGCAUCUGUCAAGAUCUCGGACUUCCAAGCAUCUAUCCAGGAAUUUUCCAGCAAUCACCCAUCGAUGAUAUAGUGGCCCUGCACAUUUCUUUAUUCUCCCUACAGUAUUCUUGCGCUAAGUGCUGGAUUGAUUGUGGAAUUCCAGUACAAGGUGUGGUUGGUCACAGCUUUGGCGAAUAUAGUGCAUUGACUAUCGCCGGGGUGAUGAGCCUUCGCGAUGCUUUGGUUGUCAUCUCGGCGCGAGCGCGCGUUAUUGAUAACUCCUGGUCCACAGAGAAGGGGGCCAUGGCGGCUGUUGAAGGUGAUCUUGAGGUUGUCCAGCAGUUGUUGGUUCACGCCAGCAAGGUUAACCCACAAGACCAUGUACCAACGAUUGCGUGUUUCAACGGGGACAGAUCUUUUACAGUAGCAGGCUCAUCCAAGUCCAUUGAUGCCGUCGUGGAGACUCAUGCAAGAGAUCCAAUAUUCGCCAAGUCAAUGAGAAUCAAGAGACUGAAUGUGACUCACGCCUUCCAUUCCAUGCUCGUGGAUCCCCUGAAGGAUGAACUAGAGAAAUGUGCCCAGUCUAUCGUUUUCCAUCCGCCAACAAUUCCGGUUGAGAGAGCGACUGAGCAUGAGUGUAGUGAUUUCCUAACCCCCCGGUUCGUCGCAGAUCAUCUCAGAAAUCCUGUUUAUUUUAACCAUGCCGUUCAACGCAUUACCCGGCGACAUCCAUCGGCAGUAUGGCUCGAGGCCGGUUCAAUGUCCACCAUUACAGCCAUGGCCAAUCGGGCCCAGGGGAUGUCUUCUUCGAAGCAUAUCUUCCAAUCUAUCAACAUCACAGGUGCCGCUAAUGCUUGGCCGAAUCUCGUACAGGCAACUAUCGAUCUCAGAAAGAACGGAGUGAUGGCAACAUUCUGGGCACAUCAUUCGUGCCAAGCGUCAAGCUACUCUCCCCUACUACUGCCACCGUAUCAGUUUGAGAAAGCCAAACAUUGGCUCGAACUCAAGAAACCCGAGCAGCUUUCUCUAGGGUCAUCAUUAUCCCAAGGUCUUCGGGAGAACAUCACGCCAAAGGAACUCUGGAGCUUCGUGGGGUAUCAAGAUCCUUCUCUAAAGACACUGGCCCGCUUCCGGAUCAAUACCGAGACGGAAAAGUUUCGAAAGUUUGUCUCGGGCCAUACAGUGGCGCAUUCGGCUCCGCUAUGUCCCAGCACCUUGCAGCUUGAUAUGGCAAUUGAGUGUAUUCUGUAUCUCUGUCCAGAACUUCUCCCAUCAAAUAUGCAGCCGGAGCUCCAGGGAUUGGAGAACCAUGCUCCACUCUGCAUUGAUAUCUCGCGGCAGGUCUGGCUUGACAUCCAGCGACGAAGCGAUGACGAGGGAAUGGUCUGGGACUGGAAGCUGGUAAGUAACAGUGCAGUAUUAGCAUCAUCAGCAAGCGACGAAAUUACAAACCUCCAUGCCUCCGGUACAAUUUUGUUUCGGUCUCGCGACGACGUGCAUCUUCAAACCGAGUUCGAACGUUAUGAGCGUCUCGUUGGGUACAACCGCUGCCAAAGUCUACUCCACUGCCCGGAUGAUGUUGACGAUGCAAUUGUCGGGCGGCGCAAUAUCUACAAGACCUUUGCCCAUGUGGUGGAUUAUGGGGAGAUAUACCAAGGCGUCUGCAAAGUGGUCGGCAAGGGGAAGGAGUCUGCCGGCCGUGUGGUCAAGCAGUAUACCGGGGAAACUUGGUUGGAUACGCCGCUGUGCGAUUCGUUCUGCCAGGUGGCAGGAGUAUACGUCAACUGCAUGACGAACCACCCCGAUGCAGAAGUCUGUAUCUCGAAUAAGAUUGAGCGGUUGAUCCGCUCCCCAAGGCUUGAUCUGAGUGAAUCUCGACCAGACGAGUAUCAUAUCAUUGCUGUUCAUCAUCAGCCGUCACCGAAGCUAUAUUCGAGUGAUGUCUUCAUCUUUGAUCCCCGUUCGGGUGCAUUGAUGGAGGUCAUACUGGGAAUACAGUAUCAGAAGGUCAACAGAUUCGCCUUGGGCAAAGUUCUUGCUAGACUUACUCCGGGCUUUAAACAAAAAGAACCGGUUGUGGAUAUCAAAUCCAUUGCGACAGAAGAGGAAUCAACUCCUCCUUACACCACCUCCAGGGAGAAGGAGACAGUACAAAAGUCUCCCGGAAAUGAAGGCCUCAAUUCCACAGCACCGGGCAAUUUGCAUGGCAAGAUUCGCAAUUUAAUCGCCCAGGUUUGCGGUCGGGACCUUCAUGAAAUACAGGAUUCAGCCAGCCUAGCUGAUCUAGGAAUUGAUUCUCUCAUGGGGAUGGAAUUGGCCCGAGAUAUUGAAAAUGCAUUCAAAUGCACUUUGAACGCUGGAGAUCUUAUUACACUGACCGACAUUAAGAGUCUGCUCGAUUGCAUUGACGCCGCGUUGGGUGGUGCUGGUGGCGCUGCUAGGACAGAAUCUUCCACAUCUUCAUCAUCAUCAUCAUCAUCAACAUCUUCCUCUUCUGCAACUUCUUCGCCUACUGGAGUCAUGACACCGUGUUUAUCCGCCUCAUCGAAAAUCGAUCAGCAGUGCGAUGAUAAAGAUGCUUCCACUCGGUAUGCUGCUCACAGCCAAGAAACUAUUGAUGCAUAUGUUCUAAAAUAUACCCAAGGGUUUCUCCCACCACCGUCUCUAGCCAGUAAAGGUGUUCCAGUCAGAUCACCACCCGGAACGACUGGUCACUGUGUCCUUUUGACUGGUGCUACGGGGAGUCUUGGAUCUCACCUUGCCGCACAUCUUACCAAGCUAUCCAACGUUCAGACGGUCAUUUGCCUCAAUCGACCUGGACGACUCGUGGUGGCGGCACCCAUGGACCGGCAGGAGGAGGCGUUCACAUCCCGAGGAAUCUCACUCGACCUAACAGCAUUGUCCAAGGUACGGGUUCUCGAGGCCGAUAUCACCAAGCCGCGGUUGGGGCUAUCGGAUCGCGAGUAUGAGGAGUUGGUCUCCACCGUCUCCCACAUCGUCCAUAACGCUUGGCCCAUGACGAUCACCCGCCCAGUGAAAGGGUUUGAGCCCCAGUUCCAGACUCUCCGGAACCUCAUCGACCUGGCGCAUGAUAUCGUAGUCUGUCGUGCACAACUGCUUCAGCCUUCCCUGGUGGUUGGCUUCCAAUUCAUCUCCUCGAUCGCUACCGUGGGACUCCAUCCCAUUUGGACCGGGAACCCUACCGUGCCCGAGGCCCCCAUGACGGUCGAUUCUGUUCUGGAGUCCGGCUAUGGAGAGGCAAAGCUCGUCUGUGAGACCAUGCUCCAGAAAACCCUGCAGCAAUACCCCGAGUGCUUCCGAGCAAUGGUGAUGCGCAUUGGGCAGAUCGCGGGCUCGAAGAAGAGUGGAUAUUGGAAUCCUGUGGAACACUUUUCCUUCCUGAUCAAGUCUUCGGUUACAUUGAAAGUUUUUCCGGAUCUUCAAGGCGUGCGUAUCUGCUUCUUUUCCCCCAUCUACUACUUCUUUGCAUAUGAAUCUGCACCCCUUUAA